AUGAAGGCGGUGCUCGAGAGGAGGGCUGAGGCACUUCUGCUCGCCACUCAGGAGGAGCACCGCUUGUUGGAAGCGCAGUUGGAGAAAAGUCGUGCCGCACGGGAAGCCUCCACUCGGGUAUCGCACGGCAAGUCUCGUGGGGCGCCAGCGACUGCACCCGCUGCGGCUACAUCUUCAGCCGGUCCACAGAGAGAGGACAGCGCCGCCAUGUGGAUAGAGAAUGCGUCGUGUCUCUCCAUAGGCUCCACCACCGCCACCUCACCCGAUCGGCACCCUAGCCCGUCCGCGGUGUCCCCGUCGGCCUCCCCCCCACAAGUUAUCCUCCCCAGUGCCGCCACACAUAAGGAAGGCGUGCUGCUUCACUUGGUGCGCAGCAGUAGCCUGUUCGGCGGCGUCAGUGCCUCUUUCGUGCCUCACUAUAUCGUUGUGUCGGAUAGCGCUGGGAUCUCGUGGUAUACGUCUGAAGCGGAGUACCGCCAGAACCCCCGUCGUCCACUAGGGCACGCCGACUUCUGGAUCGAGACGUACAACAGCCGAGGCAGCCGCUUUAAGAAGGCUGCCGUGUGCUGGCCGCUCAUCUUACCUGACGACUGCCCAGAGGCGAGGGACCCGAGCAAGACGUACUUUGCUGUGGAUUACUACACACCUAACGGAGGGCAGGAGCAACUUGUGCUGGCGGCGUCGUCGCCGGCGGAGCGUGACGCGUGGGUGAGGCUUCUCACCAAGUACAUUGACCUCUACUUAGCUCCUCGCACCGAGUCAGAGGAGCUGCAGCACAUCCCGCGUGGCGCAGAAGUCCCACUGCACCGGUCAGGGGUUAUCGAGGGAGAAGCUCCGGGGGGCAACAUUCUCUGA